UUUAAAAAACUGCUGAUUUGUGAUAAAACAACAAUGCAUCGAUUGUUGGAAAAUUCAGUGCGUGCAAUAGCCACACCAAAUAGCUCCAAGCAAUGGCUGCCGAAUCAAUUACGCUGUGCAUCCCUUCACAUGACAAGGUUGCUGUUAUCAGAAACCGACAAAAAGUCGCAUUCGUCGGAAAGCGCUCCAUCUUCAGUGACUUCAACUAUCGAUAACGAUGAUAAGAACGAAUCGACAGCUCGACGCGAUCGGAUCGUGACCGUAGCAGAGCAGCAGCGCGAAAAACUCCUCUCGUCACCACUGAGCGACCGUUUCGGACGUUUCCACAGCUAUCUGCGCAUAUCGCUGACCGAGCGGUGCAACCUACGCUGCAAGUAUUGCAUGCCCGCGGAAGGCGUGCCGUUGACCCAGAAAGAGCGACUGCUAACCAGCGCCGAGGUAAUCCGGCUCGCGAACCUCUUCGUCGCGGAAGGUGUACGCAAGAUACGGCUCACCGGCGGCGAACCAACCGUACGCAAGGACCUCACCGAGAUCGUCGGCCAGCUGAAGGCCAACCCGCUGCUGGAGAGCGUCGGUAUAACCACCAACGGACUGAUGCUGACGCGACAGCUCGUCGGGCUGCAGCGCGCCGGGCUCGAUGCGCUCAACAUCAGCCUGGACACGCUCCGGGUGGCCCGGUACGAGCAGAUCACCCGGCGGAAGGGCUGGGAGCGUGUGAUCGCCGGCAUCGACCUGGCCAUCCAGCUCGGCUACCGGCCCAAGGUGAACUGUGUCCUCAUGAAAGGGUUCAAUGAUGACGAAAUUUGUGACUUUGUCGAGCUGACGAAGGAUCGCGAUGUGGACGUGCGGUUCAUCGAGUACAUGCCGUUCAGUGGCAACCGGUGGGAGACGGAGAAGAUGGUCUCGUACCGGACGAUGCUGGACACGAUCCGGGCCCGCUAUCCGGCGUUCGAGCCCCUGCCGAACGGGCCGAACGAUACGUCCAAGGCGUACCGGGUGCCGGGCUACCGGGGCCAGAUGGGUUUUAUCACCUCGAUGACGGAACACUUCUGUGGCAGCUGCAACCGGUUGCGCAUUACGGCGGACGGGAACCUGAAGGUGUGCCUGUUCGGCAACACCGAGGUGUCGCUCCGCGAUGCACUCCGCAGUCCCGGGUGCUCCGAGGACGAUCUGCGGUGUCUUAUCUCGGCUGCGGUGAAGCGUAAGAAGAAGCAGCACGCAGCAACAACUCCAUUUGUAAAAUCUCACCGUUUGUCAGGCGCACCGGCACUGGCGGCACAUGGCGCGUUGGGCGGUGUGCGCCACUACUCCUCACUCAGUCACGUGGAUGAGCACACGGGUCGCGCGACGAUGGUUGAUGUGGACGAUAAAGUAUCGACGAAGCGGGUCGCCAAAGCACAGGCCACCGUGUACGUUGGGCCGACCAUUGCGGCGCUGAUCGAAAAUAACGAACUGAAGAAGGGCGACGUCCUCUCGAUCUCGCAGAUGGCCGCGAUCGUGGCUGCCAAGAAGACGUCCGAUUUGAUACCGCUCUGCCACAACAUUCCACUGUCGUCCAUCAAGGUCGAGACAAGCCUGAACAGCUCCACCAACGAGGUGCACAUCCUGGCGAAGGUAAAGUGCGACGGAAAGACGGGCGUCGAGAUGGAGGCACUGACGGCGGUGUCCGUUGCGGCGCUGACCGUGUACGACAUGUGCAAGGCGGUUUCGCACGAGAUACUGAUCAAGAAUAUCAUGCUGGUGGAGAAAACGGGCGGCAAGAGCGAGUUCUAUCGGAAGCAGUUCACUCACGAGCCAACGCUCGAGACCCGUACAAUGGAAUCCCGCGAACCGGAUCGUGUGCCGGUUGCAACGCGCGGCUACCGAACGGACCCAAUCGUUACGACCGAACCGUUCGUUCCGAUGUACAUUUAGCGAGCGAGAAGAAAAGACAAGACCUCCCAUCAUGUAGCCUGUAAAGUGUCUUUAUUCAUCAACAAUCGUCACCAUUUAUCGCCACGAUCCCGCCAUCAUCGU